AACACGUCGGAGUGGACUCUGGACUACCCUCCGCUGUUCGCCUGGUUCGAGUUCGGUCUGUCCCACGUGGCUCAGCACUUCGACAGAAACAUGCUGGUGGUGGAGAAUCUGAACUACGCCAGCCCGGCUACGGUUCUCUUCCAGAGGCUGUCGGUCAUCUUCACUGACCUGGUUUUCAUCUUCGCUGUCAGAGAGUGCUGCCGGUGCGUUCAGGAGCAGAAAGGCCCUCGGGACAUUUUGAGCCGCCCGUCCUUCGUCCUCGCUGUUCUGCUGCUCUGGAACUUCGGCCUCCUCAUCGUCGACCAUAUUCAUUUCCAGUAUAACGGCUUCUUGUUUGGCUUCCUGUUGCUGUCUGUGGCCAAACACCUGCAGUCUCAGCACCUGCAGGGGGCGCUGCUGUUCGCCAUCCUGCUCAACCUGAAGCACAUCUACCUGUACGUGGCGCCGGCGUACGGCAUCUACCUGCUGCGGAGCUACUGCUUCACUCAGGACCACAAAGAUGGUUCUGUGAACUGGAGGAGCUUCAGUCCGCUCCGUCUGAUGGCUCUGGGCGCCAUCGUGGUCUCCGUGUGCGCUCUGUCCUUCGGGCCCUUCAUCGCCAUGGGUCAGCUCCCUCAGGUCCUGUCCCGUCUCUUCCCCUUUAAGCGGGGCCUCUGUCACGCCUACUGGGCCCCCAACAUCUGGGCCCUCUACAACAUGCUGGACAAAGUCCUGGCGGUGCUAGGUGUUCGUCUGAAGCUGCUGGAGGAGGCGGAGCUUCCUCGAGCCUCCAUGACGGGCGGGUUGGUUCAGGAGUUUCAGCACUCGGUCCUCCCCUCCGUCUCUCCCUCCGUCACCCUGGUCUGCACUCUGCUCUCCAUCCUGCCGGCCGUGGCGUCCAUCUGGCGGCGUCCUCGCGGUGCUCGGGGGUUUCUGCGCUGCCUGCUGCUCUGCGCUCUGGCCUCCUUCAUGUUCGGCUGGCACGUCCACGAGAAGGCUGUCCUCAUCGCCAUCCUGCCCCUCAGCAUCCUGGCGGUGGAGAGCAGAGAGGAUGCUGGGAUAUUCCUGGUCCUGACCACCACGGGUCAUUACUCGCUGUUCCCACUGAUCUUCACCCCCUCAGAGCUGCCGAUCAAAGUGGCUCUGAUGCUGAUGUUUGUGAUCUUCUCGUUUGCUGCUCUGAGGAAACUGUACAGCGGUCAGGGGUCCCUGCUGCGUCCUCUGGAGUCCGUCUACCUUGCGGGACUGGUUGCCGUUGCGAUCGCCUGCGAGAUCAUCUUCCCUCUGUCGCCGUGGCAACAGAGGCUGCCCUUCCUCCCCCUGCUGGCGACAUCGGUGUACUGCUCAGUGGGCGUCUCGUACUCCUUCCUGCGUCUGUACGCCAGCCUGCUGCGGCAGGACGAGAAACCCAAACAGCUGUGAGACGUCGCGGGUUAGAGCCCCAACAGCUGCUGCCCGCGUGCCCUCGAGCACAACUCACACCUCUCCAAACCCCUCUGUGUGGCUCCCGCUCCGAUUUUCUUCUUCUUGUGGAAUAUUAUAUUGUAUACAGGAAGUUUGGGAGCAUCAGUU